UCCGCGACACACACAAGCUCACGGUUGCUGCUGACUCUUCACUCUCCUUCAAACGACAACAACAACAGCGUUUGCAUUCAGCAGAGGCUGUCGGCCGAGCGAAACCGACUGCUCUCUCACUUAACCAGUGCACGGGUUUGAAUCACAGCUGGAAGAUGGAUAACGGGAAGUUGCAUUUAUCAACGCAGGUUAGCAGAGACAGACUGAUAUCCAAGUUCCCAAAGUGGUACACACCUGAAGCCUGCCUCCAGUUUAAAGAUCACUUCCACGUUCAAGUGAGAAAUGCCUGUCAGGAUCGACACACCAGGAAUGUGGGGCUUAAAAUAUCCAAGGUGGUGGUGGUUGGAGAUCUGAACGUGGGGAAAACGUGUCUCAUCAACAGGUUUUGUAAAGAUAUUUUUGACAGGGACUACAAGGCAACGAUAGGAGUGGAUUUUGAAAUAGAACGGUUCGAGAUAGCUGGAGUUCCAUACACCCUUCAAGUCUGGGACACUGCGGGGCAGGAGAAGUUCAAGUGUAUCGCCUCUGCGUACUACAGGGGAGCACAAGUAAUUAUUACAGUGUUUGAUCUGGCUGAUAUUAAGACUCUGGAGCACACAAGACAGUGGCUGGAAGAUGCAUUGAAGGAGAAUGAGCCAGGCUCCUGUUUCAUCUUCCUGGUGGGCACUAAAAAGGAUUUGGUGUCCCAGGCUGAGUGCGAAAGAACAGAAAACGAUGCUAUUAAAAUGUCCUCAGAAAUGCAUGCAGAGUACUGGUCGGUCUCUGCUAAAACAGGGGAGAACGUGCAGGGGUUCUUCUUCCGGCUGGCAGCUCUAGCUUUCGAGGAAUCGAUCCUCAAAGACUUGGAGAAGUCAAAUGGCACUGCAGCCAGGAUUGGAGAGGGCGAUCUCAUCAAAAUUGACCGAAGCUCUGCAGAAAGCUCCCAAAGCAAAGGCUCACCCCAGAUGAACCUGGGCUGCUGCUAAUGAGAGAGAAUAGAGGUGGAUGCUGUGUUGGCUUUCUCCUCUGCAACACCAGCCUGUGAUGAAGUGGAGCCGUGCAAAGAAAUAAGAGGCAGUCAGCUGUACAUCAGCCGCGGGGUUGGAUUAUAAUGCUGUAAACAGCAGCUGGUCUUCAUACUGACAGUCUUAAACUAACCGUAACUGCAGACCUCUUUUGUUAAAAAGAGGACAAAGAAUCGCACGAGAUUCUGUACGAGAAUCUUCACUUUUAGAUAAAAGAUAUAAAAAUAAGAUACCAAAAACAAUUCUGCUCAAAUCCUCUAGCCUGUUUUUCGUUGCUGUAAUUGCGAGAGCACCAGACUGAGUUGUCUUGAGUUGUCUCAGUCUCUCAUGGCAAAUCCACUGGCCACCAAACCGGGACAGCUCCUCAUAUCUCAGUUAUUAGGAACGGGUGGACCUCAUUUUCCACACCUGAUCAAUCCUGUCCUUACAGUCGUUUUUGGGGUCAGUGUUACUCUCACGAUGAUCUCUAACUGUAAUGUAGUCUCUGCCGUGCAUUUUCCUUCAGUAGAAUUAUUUUCGUUUUAUUAUGAUUCUUAAUGGGAACUGUGUGUAGGUGAUAACCCAAAUACUGUUUGUUAGUUUUUUAUUUCAAUGGUCUAUGUUUUAAUAAUAAUAAUAAUAAUAAUAAUAAUAGCGUUAAUUUGAUUUAGUGCAGUUUCAAUUUCCUGUAAUCUUAACAAAAUGCCGUGAUGCCAGUACAAUAUGUUCUGUAACAGCAAGCGCCACAAAACAGUGUCACACUGCCAUAAUGAUAGGAUAACGACAUAUAUCGGAAUAAUUUUUAAUCAGUGUGCUGUGUUCUUUGGAACACCACAUGCUAAUACUAAUAGAUGCCUAAAUAUAUUAUUACAUUUUCAGAUGAGGAAAAAAAACACAAGCGCAGUGCAGUGGUUUACUUAA